GCAGCAGCAACAACAACAAAAACUGCGGCAAGCGGAUGCGGUGAGUCGUGUCACACAGCUGAAAGUGAAGGGAAAAGAAACAUAAUAAUAAUAGUAGAGGAAAACGCCGCUUUUUGGUUGUGCCGCGGCCCCGGCAUGCGCACGACCUUCCGCUGCGCUGCACCGCAGCUGACGCGAGCGGAGAAGAAGUUGACACCGCUCCGGCGGAUGAUGAUGGAGGCAAUCGUUUUGAGCCCAACGAGCACGGCAGCAGGCACGGCGGCGCGGGAUUCCGGCAUUGCGGCCAAAGGGUGCUCCACCGAGUGCACCUCGGUCUUCGCGACGCCGCCGUGCGAGAUCUUCGAGGGCAACAACAAGCAGGCCUGGAUUGAUCUUCGCCAAGGCUACUGUCACCUCUGCCAGGAGCCGAUCGGCACGAAUGCGGGGACGCACAUCGGCGAACGGGACCACACGAACAUGCAGUUUUUCUUGCUCCUCUACACGGCCUACCCUCGAAGAGACUGCAUGGCGGAGGCGCUGGCUGCUGGUACGGCGGGGGAAAGGGCGGGGUUGCUAUCAUCCGAUAUGCUGAGGGGCGAACCGCCGCAGGGGCACGCUGAUCCAUCGGGCGCCGCUCCCGCUGCCGCGUCGUCGUCCUCUUCCGCUUCUGCACCGCGUGCGACUACUGCAUCCGCAGAGCCCUUCGACACGUCCGCCGUGGCAUCUCUGUUUACAGAAAGCGGUCGCUGCUGCGGCAGUCGCGCAUCGCCACCCACCUUUGUCUCGCGGCUUGCAAAACACGACGCCGCUCUCUGGAGGGCUGACGACGUAUUGCACGGCAUUGCCGCCCUCAGCCCGUCGCUGCGCCGCUUUGCGACGGACCACCGCACCACCGAUCAGCUUCACACCAUGGACGACGCCACCCGUCGCACAGAGCUCGAGGCACUCCUCUUUUACCUCACCCACCCGCCGCACCAAGCACUGCCGCACGUGCUGCAGGGCACGAGUGCGUACGGUUUCUCGCACAGCGGGGAGCGGAUGUUGAAGUACGAGAUGACGCGCCUCAUUUCGCAGGUUUUCCCGCCCUUGUCGGCUGGCAUGAUGACCAACUUUACGCAGAAGUGCUGGGGGCGAACGAAUGAGGAGCGGCUCUACGAUGCCUUGCGUCUGCAGCGCAUAAAGACGUACUACGGCUGGGGCCCGUACGCGAGUAAAGAAAAGAAAGGUUUCUUUAUCCGCCAGCUCAUCUAUGAGCUGAUGCUGUCCGAGGUGCGGCCGGAGCUGUCAGAGACGGGGAAGCUGCUCGCUGCGCAGGCGGUGCGUCGCAUGGCCUUCGAGCUGGUCUUUCUCUUGUCGAUGGAUUACAUGCACCGGGUGCAGCGUGUGCAUGAGUUGAUGGGCCGCCCGACCUUGGAAGAGCUGAGGGCGCUUAAUCUUCUGUGA